AUGAAAGAAGAUGUCUUUAAAUUCAAGUUGGUCAACUUUAAGCACUUGUUAUAUCGAGAUGACCAUCAAAAUCAUGAGCCUUUCAUCUUGGCAUCCCAAGCAGAGCAAGUUUGGUAUGUCCCAGACCCUUUGGAACCAGAUUGGAAUGUUGUUGUGAAGAUGUCUCAAAGAGGAUUAUUUGGUAUGCAAUCUAAUGAUCCUCAAGCUGAGCCUUAUAUGGAUCAACAAUUGGAAGAAAAUGUUAUGCUCCGGGAUGAAGAAGUGGGCUGGGUGAGGGAAGGAACAGAAGGAGAGACAUUUGAUGUGUGGACUACUGUAGCUCUGCUGGUUUUGCUGUGUUGUUUUGCCAUUACAGGUCCUUCUUCGUGGAGGCAUGGUCGUGGUCGAGCUAAGGGAAUCAAGGAAUGGGGUACAGGAGCAAAGCUAAAUGUAGAGUUCAAUGCCAUGUUUCAGCCACUUAAUAAACUAGGACGGUCGUUUAAGGGGCAGUUGGGUCAGAUUGUGCACAAUCCACACCGAGUUCCUCUAACUUAUCUUAGUUGGGGCUCAGUACCUGAAGAUAUUGUGGAAGGCAUUUGGAAGGAGGUUCAGGAUAACUUGUUAUAUGCUCCAGAAGGGUUGAAGCAAGUGGUCAUAGACUCAUGUAACAAAUUAUGGAAGGAUCACAAACAUAAGACUAAGACCAAUCACUACAAGCCUUUUAAAGAUGAUCCAAAUAUCAAUGAAAAAGUGCCUUUGGACAUUUUGCCAGAACAAUGGAGGGUGAUGGUGGAGUAUUGGAGUAGUAAAGAUGCAAUGAAGAUUGCUAGUCGCAAUUCUAAAAAUCGAGAGCUGCGUGGUCCAGUGCAUAGGACCGGGAGAACACCCUUUGCCGAUGUACGACAUAAGAUGAUGACUGAUGGAGAGAGCAUUAACAAAAUGAGUGUCUUCAUGAAGACACACAUGAUAACUGAUCUAGAUGUGAAAUUAUUUUUGGAUGAGUAUAAUGAGCAACUCUCAAUGAUAGACGAGCCCCUCAGGACAGAAGAGGUACAAGAUAAGAUUUUCCAUAACCUAGUAGGAAAGGAUGGACACGGAUAUUGCAAGACUUAUGGGAUAGGUGUGCCUCGAAGUGCAGUGUACAAAAAAGAUGUCAGUCCAUCACAAGCAUCCUCAUCAUCGACUGUUGAGGAGAUCACUCAACAAGUACGCCAAACAGUUACUGAAGAGAUCGAGCAAAGGCUGACGGUUGAGAUUGAGCAAAGGGUCACUGAGAAGUUGAAGGUAGAGUUCGAGCAAAUUAGAGCUUGGAUGGACUUCAUAAGGUCCCAAGGUGGCCCAAGUGGUAUACAGGUGGAGUAAAAAUGACUAACUGAA